UAACAUUGUCUGUUGGUAAGGAAAUUAAUGAAGGGCAUCCAGUAUAAAGGUUCUUGGCGCGGGUCGUAACAGCUUGUUUUUUUGUGGCGCAUUCACAUGUAAGGGUGUGUGAUAAUUGUACACUAAUCACGGCAAUAUUACUCAGUACAGGUCAAUCUUCAUGGAAUAAAAAUAUAAUAUUUCAUUAACUUUCUCGGCUGCUGAUCUUGCUGUUGUUUUACUUCGUGGAUAAGAAGAUAAUUAUUUUGACACAAAGUUAUAUCGUUCCUAACGAGAAAAAUGUAUCCCCGAUUUCCGGUACUCACCGCCUUCACUCUGCUGGGUCUCUUUUCCGUCGCUGUCCAGGCAUUUGAAAAGCGAUGUUUCUCGGAUCCCGACGAUCUAGCAGAAGUGGUUACAAUAGAAAUACGCCAAGUGAACACCGCCGAUGUAUCUGAAUCCUUGGUGGUAAUUGACCCCAACAACGUAGCCACGCCCUGUUAUAGCUCAGUGGUGACCCUCGAUGGCGUCGGAGAUGUAAACGUGCUGAUAAUCAAAUAUGACUACGUUAACGACGUUCAGACCUUACCAGUGACUGAUGAUUGUAGCGUACAGUAUGAUUCCGGAUUGAACAAACUUGUAGCUAAAAUAGUUGACCAAAAGGACAUCGGAUUCAUCCAGAUAUCAGAUGACUUCUAUAAUGUUGAAUGUGACCUCGCCUCGUUAAGCCCCACUUUUCAGACAUUGGCUGCAGUUAAUGUCGACAAUAUGAAUACUCCAAAUGAUGCUGUAACUCGCACAAAUAGUUUCGCGUUUGAGUUGGUCGACGGCACAACGGACCAAGUAGUCGAUACCUCUACUGCCUCACUUGAACUUGGAGGGGAGUACUAUUUAAGAGCAAUAUAUACACCCCCAGCAGGACUGGUUGAGGGCGAAUGGCCAAAGGGCAUGUACAACACUCUACUCAAAGUUUCUCCAGAUUUCACUGCCGAAACGCCCUUGGAACAAACUCUGGUGGAUGAGGUUGGGUGUCUUGCACAACCAGCGGGACCUUUUCAAUUGACUUCUACAUGGGCGUAUAAUGCUGCACUGAGCGUCGAUAAAUACGUUUUCGAAACAGGAACAUUCAGAGUCGCCUUAUUCCGCUCAUCUGACGUACUGUCCUUCCGGGGAUUCUUUAAACUUGCAUGUUACGUACUAUCGGAAGAGAAAUGUUUUGAUCAGACUGCCUACUGUGCCUCUUUAAACCGGAAACGUCGUGCAGUAGACGUCAUAGAUGAGCGCCAGGUAAACGGUACCUACGAUCUCAAUGUCAGAGUGGCACUAACUGGCAGCAAAGACGGACAAGGACAAAAUACACCGAAUGACAACCGAGAACAGACCUGUUUCAACGAUAAGUUCUGGAUUCUUUCUAUCGUUCUCGGUGCCAUGUUGGUCCUGGUUGUCAUAGUAACCCUGUACGUGUUCUACCGGCUACGAAGAGAGCAGAUUAGAAACGAUAAGAAGGAGAGAGCUUGGUCACAAAGUGGCGUCACAAAUCCAUCGUUCUAGAAAGAAAACGUUAAUACGUUCAAUGAAGCUGACAGUGAUGAUUUUUUUGUAUUUAUCCCCUAUUUAUCUAUAACAAAACAAAGUCCUUUGGCAUGCGUGUUUCCCCUAUGACCUUAAGGAAACAAGGG